CCUCGGAAGGGAAGAGUCCAGGCAAGGAUGCGCCGACAGGGUUUGAAACCCGCGGAGCUGAGAGCAACAAGCUGCAGCCUUUAACCAUUCAGCAGCAUUCACCAGGGGGUUAAAAUGCUGAUCACUGUAACGCCGCCCCAUGAGCCAGCCUCUCUCCACCUGCAGGCUCCACCCCCUCCUCUUCUACCAAAGCCUAGUGUGGACAAUCUGAAACUGCAGAGGCUCUUGAAGAAAGCAGCAAAGAAAAAAGCCCCGUUGCCAGCGCAGCCGGCCACAGCAUUUCGGGCCAGCCUCUCCCCAGUGAGCGAAGCCAGCCCAGACUUGGAGCACAGCCGACGCUCUUCCCCACUCAAGCCUACUGACGCUCCCACAUACUUCACCCUCAACCUCCCGCCCCGCUUCGCCAUCAAGCCCGUCGUCCAUCAUGUUUCGUCCCCCUUCCCUAAAGGAAAGCCCUUCACGUUCACCGUCACGGAGCAGAGGAGCCUUUCGACGCAUCUCCGGCUCACCGCCUCCCCGGGCGUAUCGCCGCUUCCCAGACAGAGAACUCCUGAGCCUUGGCGGCAACCCGCAACACACCUCCCAGACACACAAGUGCCGUUGCUCCCGCCGGGAGCUGCACACUCGGUGUUCAUUUUCCCUGAACACCCCGUUUCCCCCAGACCUGCAGCGGAGACCCCGGUGGUGGUCACUCACGUUGCGGAAACGCAUGCCUAUAUCCACGGUGCGCAAGCACCAAGGGCUAAAACCCCACUGUUAGAACAGUCGGCGGAAUGCCCCAGUAGCCAAGGCAGGCCCACCCCUGUUCACUUGCAGAGAAGUCACUCACCAAGCCAGAUGGCACCCACACACUUUGUAAGCCAAGCCAGGCCAAUGACCCCUAAGUUAGAUGCUACUUCAACCCCUGAGCCUCUCCCCAGGACAAUGAAAGUUGAAAUACUGCACGUCCCAAGACAGCAUGCAGUGGUCACCUCCCCAGCUCCUCAGUUCAAUAGACCCCUGACUCCAGGAAGCAACAGAGGCCUUGAACCACACAGCGAGGCUCAGAGGCAGCCAAGUCCCAGUGUACUUCAGAAGCACAUCAUCCCAGAGGCAGUGGUGCCCGCUCCAUCAGUGAUCAGCUCCCAUGCGGUUUUGCCAGAAGGUAGGGCCAACGAGCAGACCGCACCACUACAGCCACCUGCUCCUUCUCAGAGUCCUGUGAGUCCCUUACCAAAACCAAAGCCAGCAAUGCCUCCUCCCAGAAACAAGUUUAGCGGCUGGUCUCGCCUCAAAAAGCACUUGAUAGUGGAAUCUGAAGAGCCCCAGUUUCCAGUUUCAGAACCAGAGCCAGCCAAAGCUGAACAGCUGGGGGAAAAGAAGAAGACAGAAGACUCUCACGUUGACACCGGCCAGGACAAAAGGGUAACCAAGUCAAGAGCUGUCAAGAUGUGGGACGCCAUCUUAUACCAGAUGACAACCAGCAAGGAGAGGAAGCAGCAAGCAGCGGAAAAGGAAAUAAGGAAAGUGGGAACAUUCUCAUUCCGGCGACGCCUACCCCUUCUCCUCCACAGGCCUCGUUUUGAUGCCAGGAAGCUAAAAGAGCUGGCUUCCAAACCCAUGACAAAGAUCACUACACUGUUUGAGGUACGCCGAAUCCAACGGCAGCCAUCCGAGGACGCACCGAUGAGUUUCAACAGGACUGCAUCUGGGUGGCCGGCGAAGGGGAGUGAUGAAUAACGGUUUAUUUGAGGAUGUAUGGGAGGAUUUGAAAUAAAUGCAAAGUUUACCAAAGCAGAAAUCACUUGGAAAGGAGUGGAUGGGGAAAUAAAAAUCCUUCACAGUGUUGCUGCUUGAAGUGAUCCUAUUGAAGUAAAAUAGGACUCAGGGGGGAAAAGAUGCUCACUUCAGA